AUGGUCCCUCAGGAUGUAGAAGAGCGCGUGGCGCGCACGUUCCCCACGCCGCUGGACCGGUGGGCGUUGAUAGACGCGCGCGACGUGGCCACCGCGCGCCGCAAAAAGUCGCUGCUGCUGCCGCUCGAUAAGCUGCACCAGCUACUACAGAAGGAGGUGCUUCUGUACAAAAUCGACACAUCGGUAUCUCUGUGCAUGACCGCCAUCUUGGAGUACGUGAGCGCGGACAUCUUAAGGCUGGCGGGCAAUUUCGUCAAGCAGAUCCCGCAGAAGAGCGGCUACCAUGUCAUCACCUGUACCGACAUAAAGACUGCCAUGUGUGCUGAUAAGGUGCUGAUGGACAUGUUCUACCAGGAGUCGGAGCUGGCCGGCGCGCUGGCCACGCAGGGCGAGCGGCGGCGGCGCGCCUCGCUGUCCUACGGCGAGCUGGUGCGCGAGCUGAUGGCCGACGUGCGCACCUUCCUGCGCGACCUCAACCUCAUCAUACGCGUCUUCAAGGACGAGCUCGAGAAGAUACUCGACGGCGAUAUUAGGGCAAUAACGUUAAUAUUCGGCAACAUAGUAGACAUAUACGAGUUGACGGUGACGCUGCUCGGCAACCUGGAGGAUGCCAUGGAGAUGUCGCAGGACUCGCCCACGCCGUACAUCGGCAGUUGCUUUGAAGAAUUGGCCGAAGUGGAAGAAUUUAGAGCAUACGUGCGAUACGCCAAUAUUGUGACGAGAAAAGAGUCGAGGGAUGCCUUACAAAAUAUCGUCGAUGAUCCUUUGCUGUCGGAGCGGCUGCACACGGGCGGGCACGGCUUCCGGCUGGCGGUGAAGUACUGCCUGCCGCGGCUGCUGCUGGCGCCCGUGGGCCACGUGCUGCUCUACCACGGGUACGUGUGCGAGCUGCUGCGCGCCGCGCCCGCCUCCGACGACCGGGAGAGCUUCAAGCAGGUGGAAUGCAACCUUCUUUUAAUAAAGAAUUUAAUAGUGAAAACAUUAGGCAAUGGACCAAAGUUGGAGGGCGCCGUGCGGUCUGCGUCGCGCGCGCGCCGCCAGCUCGCCAUCGAAAAGUGCGGCGAGCUCGCCAAGCUCGUGGACAACUGGGACGCGCGCGACCUGCCGCAGUGCUGCAACGAGUUCAUACGAGAGGACACACUGUCGAAAAUCGGUCCCGGCAAGCGUAUUGCAGAGCGGCGAGCUUUUUUAUUCGACGGCCUGCUGCUGCUGUGUAAACCCGUCACGGGCCUUGUGACAGUAAAUAGUGGAGUGACGUCGGGCGGGCCGCAGCAGCUGAAGUUGAAAGAGAAACUGCACAUACGAAAGUUGGAAAUUGUUGAUCGAACCGACGGGGAAGAGGGGCGUAACCUGAUGGAGCUGUGCCCGCGCGUGGGCCCGCCCGUGCUGCUGGCGGCGGCGUCGUGCGCGGAGAAGCGCAACUGGAUGUGCGACCUCGUCAUGCUCAACACCAAGCCUAUGCUCGACCGCAGCCUCGACAGUAUCCUGUUGGACCUGGAGCGGCGACACCCGCUGCAGCUGCCGCCGGCCACGCUCUACCGCUUCGCGGAGCCCGACUCGCCCGAUAAUAUAGUGCUCGAGGACCGCGCCGGCACCGCGCCACUCAUCAAGGGCGCGACGCUGCUGAAGCUGGUGGAGCGGCUGACGUACCACGUGCACGCUGACCUCAACCUGGUGCGCACCUUCCUCACCACCUACCGCUCCUUCUGCGCGCCCGCCGACCUGCUCGCGCUGCUCGUCGAGCGCUUCGACAUCCCCGAGCCGCACCUCGUGUACGACGCGCCGCGCGGCGAAAGCGUGGAGAUAUCAGUGAGCAGCGACGCGGAGAAGCUGAGCAAAAACACGGCGCGUGAGGACUGGAAGCGUUACCGCAAGGAGUUCCAGCAGCCCGUCAAGUUCCGAGUAAUAAACGUGCUCCGGCACUGGGUGGACCAGCACUUCUACGACUUCGAGCGCGAGCCCGCGCUGCUGGAGCGCCUGCAGGCCUUCCUCGAGUCCGUCGACGGGAAGCCCAUGAAGAAGUGGGUGCAGAGCGUGCUCAAGACGGUGCAGCGCAAGUGCGCCCAGAGCAACCAGGGGAUGUUGGACGCGGAGAGCGUGAGCGGCAGCCUCGCCAGCAUCCCGUCCAGCAUCGCUGGCAGCAUCGCCAGCGGCCUCAGCGUGGCCAGCAGCUUGGGCAGCGUGGGCGGGGUAGGCGGCGUGGCGCACGUGUUCGACCGCUCGCCGCCCGCGCCGCUGCGCCACGUGGCCAACCCCGAGCGCUACGGGUGGCACCCGCUGGCGCUGCACCCGCUGGAGCUGGCGCGGCAGCUCACGCUAUUGGAAUUUCAGCUAUAUAGACAGGUGAAACCGUCGGAGCUGGUGGGUGCGGUGUGGACCAAGAAGGACAAAGAGAAGACCAGCCCCAACCUGUUGAAGAUAAUUAAGCACACCACUAAUUUCACUCUCUGGAUGGAGAAAUGGAUAGUGGAGAGUGAGAACUUAGAGGAGAGGGUGGCUGUGGUGUGCAGGUUCCUGGAAGUUGCGUUGGCGCUACGCGACCUCAACAACUUCAACGGCGUGCUGGCCGUGGUGGCGGCUUGCGGCUCUGCCUCCGUGCACCGGCUGAGGCAUACCUUUCAGACGGUGCCGGUGCGGCUGGCGCGCGCGCUGGCGGCGCUGCGCGAGCUGAACUCGGACCACUUCCGCCGCUACCAGGAGCGCCUGCGCAGCAUCAACCCGCCCUGCGUGCCCUUCCUCGGCAUCUACCUCACCAACAUACUGCACAUCGAGGAGGGCAACCUCGAUUAUCUGCAAAACUCUAACUUAAUAAACUUUUCAAAAAGACGUAAAGUGGCGGAGAUCACGGGCGAGAUACAGCAGUAUCAGAACCAGCCGUACUGUCUCACCGUCGAGCCUAGGACGAGGGCGUUCCUCGAGUCGCUGGAGCCAUUUCCCGGCAUGGACGACAUCGAGGUCACCAACUAUCUGUACGAGAAGAGUCUCGAGAUAGAACCGCGCGGUGUCAAGCAGCUGCCCAAAUUUCCCCGGCGCUACCCAGAACUGUCCCUGAAGCCGGUGAAGGUGUCCCGCCGGGACGCGCAGGCCGCGCCCGGAGCGCCCGCGCCUGCCCUCGGCGACGACACGCUCAGCGUGGCGCAGCUGUCGCCCACCAGCGCGUGGGACGGCGCGUCGGUGGCUUCGCUGCAGGUGCACGACCAAGGGUGCCGCGAGGGGGGCGGGGGCGGAGCCCUGACGUCGCCGCGGCUGGAGCGCAGCAGCUCGAGCUCGCUGGCGGCGCUCGGGCAGCUCAGCCUCUUCGACAAGGGCAUGGCGCUCUUCGACAAGAGCAAGUCCGUCGCCACGCUCAAUAGGAACAGUGGGUCCGCGCGUGAUGAGCCUCCGUCCCCGCGUGACAACCACUCGCCGAGCAAAUGGAGCACAUCGAGCACUAUGAGCAUGAGCGCGGCGGGGUCGUGGGCGGGUGCGGGCGCGGGGGCGGGGGCGGGGACGGGCGGCGGCGCGGGUGGGCGGCGCGCCGCCCUGUCGCCGCGCGGCGCCAUCGUGGACGCGGAGCUGUUCUACUCGCGCAGCGCGGAGCACCUGCCGCGCCGCCGCGAGCCGCCGCCGCCGCCGCUGCUGCCGCGCGCCGCCCCCGCGCUCGCCCACGACGACGCGCCGCCCGCCCUGCCGCGCCGCCCGCCCUCGCCGCACACUGCGAUAAGCGAGGUGCCCCCCGAGCCGCCCGACCGCCCGCUGCCGAGCCCCAAACAUUACGACUUGUUCAAGAGCCCCGCCAUGUCGCCCAAGCGCUCGCCCGCGCCCGCGCCGCCGAUCAGCCCACUCGACAGGGCGGCGUUCAGUUUCCCUUCCGCCACAUCGCCGUCGGCGCACCUCAGCUCGGACGGCGCGCCGCCGCCUUUGCCCCCGCGCCGUCGCCGGGACUCCGCCGCGCCGCACACGCCGCAUCUGUCGUCGUGGAGCGAAUGCAGCGCGGGCGGCUCCCCGUCGAGCUCGUCCCCCGCGCCGUCCGCGCCGCCCGCCCCGCCCGCCCCCGGGGGCGCGCCGUCCGCGCCGCCCGCCCCCGCGGGCGCGCCGCCCCCGCUGCCGCCGCGGCCGCCGCCCCCGCCCGAGCUGCUGCGGCCGGCGCACUCGGCGCUGCUACAGAGGAGGCACACUGCGGCGCUAGCACCGAAGCUGCCCCCGAAGCCGGCCGCGGCCGCCGUGGCGCCCCGCACG